ACACCGGUGGGCAGCAUUGAGCGGACUCCUCCGCACGCCGCAUUGUAACCUUGCCAAAGCUCUCCGCCUCGCUUCUCCGACCAGCCAACAACACUCCGAACGGGAAGAAAAUAUGGCGUGAAGGAGGCGGCGGCCACUGACGACCACUGUUACCCGCCCGGUAGCUCGCUUUCAAACGAAUAGAAGACAAAGAACAUGGAUGUAAGGACACGCCGUGGAGCAUGUGUGCAGCUGAGACGCCGGAGCACAAAGCGGAUGGGAGAGACAGCCUGAGCCGUAGCACGCCUCAUCACACGGGCCCUUAAAACACGCUUUUUCCACGUCUGCGAGGCAUCCUCGACUUGUUAUAUUAUAAUUGUUUUGCAUACAACCGGCGAAAGCACUUCCAUUGGCUUCGUCGUCGUCGUGUGAAGAAAAAAACGGCGACAUGAGCGAGCAGAGCAUCUGCCAGGCCCGGGCCUCUGUGAUGGUCUACGAUGACGCCAGCAAGAAGUGGGUGCCCAUCAAGCCGGGCCAGCAGGGUUUCAGUCGCAUCAACAUCUACCACAACACUGCCAACAACACCUUUAGGGUGGUGGGUGUCAAGCUGCAGGACCAGCAGGUGGUGAUCAACUACUCCAUCGUGAAGGGCCUGAAGUACAAUCAGGCCACACCCACUUUCCAUCAGUGGCGUGAUGCUCGCCAGGUCUACGGGCUCAACUUUGCCAGCAAGGAGGAGGCCACCACCUUCUCCAAUGCCAUGCUGUUUGCCCUCAACGUGCUCAGCUCGCCUGACAGCGGAGGUCCAGUUGUCCAACGCCAAAAUGGACCCUCUUCAGAGGAGAGCGAAGCCCAGCGGAGGAUGAUGGAGCAGCAUCAGAUGCAGGCGCACAAGGAGAGGGAGCGGCGGACGUCAGGAUCAGUCGUUUCCACUCUCCAAUACAAAGUGUGCGCACCCCCCGCCCACCCCGACACUCCGCCCGAGUACAGACAGUACAGAGCUAGCACACUGCCCCCGUCCUACGUCCGCGUGGCCUCCUCCUCCCCGCCCUCCGCUUCUUCCUCUCCCUCCCAAGAGAAAGAGGCGGGGGCGGCGAGGGACAAGGCCCAGCUCUCCUCACAGCUCUCCACCUCGCUGGCCUCCGCCUUCUCGCCAGUCCAGGCAGGAGUGACCACGAUGGGCCGCCAGGUCCGUCAAAUCCCCCUGUCUCCUCCCACCGUUGCCCGCCACGCUCACCAGCAACACCAAGACAUCGCGCUCCCCCCCAAACACGGCACAUGGUCCGCCUCUCAAUUGCAGCAAAUGUAUGCCCAGUGCCCGCCCUCCGCCUCCCCUCCGGGCAUGAUGGCGAUCCCUGCCAGGCAGGGGUUAGCGCCACCGCAGCCCGCGCUCCCCAUGGCGCACCCCGUCCCCGGCAUGAGGAUGAAGCCCCCGCCACUUGACCCGAGCGCCCAGUACCCCCAGCACCAACCCCACCCUCACUCCAACGGCCAAUCAGAUGACUCCUACUCCCCCCACUCCCAUCAACUGCCGCUCACCCCGCAGUACUGCGAGGCCGUGCCCAUGCCGCCCCUCGCGGGCCAGCCGCCCGCAGGCCCCGCCCCUAAUCACCAGUACCCGUCCACCUUCCACCCUCAGCAGCAGGCACACCAUCAGCAGGGCCAGCCCCCCAGCAACACCAACUCACCCCCGUCUUACAAUGACAGGGGCUCGCCCAAGGAGAACCCCUCCCCCAUCCCUCAACAGGUCCCCUUGACCAACAGCAGCGCCCCUGUUUCCGCAGGUCAUCCCGCUAUGCUGUCCGUGGCCCCGCCCCCAGCCGGAGUCCCAGCACCCAUGGCCGGCCCUCCAGCGCCUCCGCCGCCGCCCGGUCCGCCGCCCCCGAUGGCAGUGCCCCCGCCCAUGCCUCCUCCGCUGCCUACCGGCGGGGGGCCUCCCGGGGGACCCCCUGGCAUGCAGCAGCAGCCCUCGGGGUUGGCGGCCGCGCUGGCCGGGGCCAAGCUUCGUAAGGUUCAAAGGGACGAGAGCAGUCCGCCAGGAUCCAGCGGCAAAAGUGACUCCAACCGAUCGAGUGGUGGUAGUGGAGGUGGUGGAGAGGGUCUGAUGCAGGAGAUGAAUGCCUUAUUAGCUCGCAGACGGAAAGCUUCGGAGAAACCUGAUGAAGAUGAUUCUGGUGGUCGCGGGCCCGGUCAGAACUCAACAGAUGCUGUGAAGAAGCCAUGGGAGCGGUCCAAUUCGGCAGAGAAAACCUCGCUGGUGUCGAGAGUGAGACCUAUUGGCAGCACGAGUGAAUCAGACACCGAAUUUGACAGGAUGAAACAGGAGAUUUUGGAUGAAGUUGUACGCGAGUUGCAUAAAGUGAAGGAUGAAAUCAUUCAUGCCAUAAGACAAGAAAUAGGUCGGAUCAGCACAUCCUAAUCUCAGCUGAGCGACGUUUGGGAGGAGAGCAGGAGGGGCUACAGAAUGACGACGAAGAGGACUAGGAGGACGUCGGAUGGACACAAGUGGACUCGCGAGGAGAACCCCCACCCCCCUCCCUCCCCCACAAUGUUCUCUCAACGUUUCUGUGAAGUCGCGUCGCAGAGAUGUUAUGCCAACAUUGGAGUCUGCUGGACAGCAAAGUAUACGGAAAAGAGCGAGACGAACUCGAAGAGAGGAAGAGAAGAUGAACUGUCGUGCUGAGUUCGGUGUGUUGUGGUUGUGCGUGCGCCUCUCGACUCAGACUGCCCAGUGUUGCCACGUUUUCUUCUGUCCCGUCUUCAAAGGAAAAUAUUUUGGGUUUUCUAAGUUUGUACUGUUGUAUUAUUUAAAAACAUGCGCUGAUGUUGUUGACGCCGAGUAUUCCAGAAGGAUAAACGGAAACCUGCACACCAUCUGUGUCAGCCUUUUAUACUUCUCUGUUCAUUUGAUCCCAGACGAUUUUGUUUUUAACAGGCACAUUGUUGGCAAAAAUGGUGCCGAGCUCAUAUUUUGAUCACCAUGUUUGCACUGGUGUUGUGCGUCUGACCUUUUCUUCCCGCACGCAGACAAGUAGCCACUGAAAAUACGCCUUCUCCAUUCACCACCAAGGCCACACCACUGAGCGGCCAUCAGCUUGGUAAAAAGACCUCAGGGGUGAGGAACCCCACGGCCCGCCAGAGAUUUUCAUCCAGGCAAACGUGCACGGCUGUUGUUUACCGUUUCCUAGGUUCGGAGAAUUCAUUACAUUUCAUAGCCAUAUUCCACCCAUGACAAAAAAAACAUUGACAAAGGAAUGCCUUGUCAAAUAUCAAGUGGUGGGUCAAAAUCUGUCAGACAAGUUUGUCUUUGACGGUGCCUUGAAAAAAGGCAAAAGUGAGCCUGAAAUGGUCACUUGAAACCAAAAUGUCAGAGUUCCUAAAUCCUUCCAGGUAUGUGUUUUUGGGACUUUUUGUUGGUUUACUCUAGAUGCACAUCUACCAAAUUUUAUGUUGCUAAGGGAAACGGGAUCCCAGUGCCGUAUUGUUAUGUGAAGUCCGUUUUUUACAGAAAUGGCCCCAGAAAGGUUCCCCAUCCCUGGUAAGCGUUCAGUGGUGUUUAAAAAAAAAAUGUCGAUGACAUAACAAUGUGGUAGUUUUUACUCCCUCCUGUGUUUAUGGCCCUCCCAGUUGUGCAUGAACCCCUGCUCUCCCUCAAUUUAUUUGGUUAAAUCGGUGUGGAGGGGGGAGAAGGGAACAAAAAAAGGUGGUGCAUUUAAAACAGUGGUUUGUUUCCAUGAUGAAUCCCAUUCUUUGUGUACGAGAUGGUAAUGAUAAUGAUAGCAAGGUGGGGGAUGUAUUGUAAUAAUUAAAAAAAAACAUUGAAAGUUGUUUCUGUGGAAAUAUGCCAUGUUAGCUCAGAAGAAUGUGCACAAAUGGAAUGGUCAGUCAAUAUUAUGGUAGCUCAAAGUGUCUUUGCAGGAGUUUGGAUUGUUGCACUUGCAAUGUCUGCUCUCAGCGGCGUUCUCAUUAAAUAAAUCAAUGAAAAGCUCGAUGUAAAAAUUCAUUCAAAAA